AUGACCUCCCAACCUGCCCCUCCCCCGCCAUCAGCAUCGACAGCAGUCGACCUACCCCCCGUCGACAUCAAGCCCCUCCUCCAACAGCUCUGGCCAGGCGGCCACCCCGACAUCAACCCCUCGCGCAUCGCCGACGCCAUCUCGCACUUCUUCACGAACCAGGUCAGCGAGGCCCAGGCCGCCUCUCUCUUGAUAUGUCUGCACUUCACCACCCUCGACCUCCAGGGCGACGUGCUCGCCGAGUGCGCCCGCGUCAUGAGGGUUGCGGCCGCCAAGAUUGAUGUUCCGGCGCUGCAGGAGCUCAUUGCGUUGAAGAAUAGGGCCGAGGGGAGCUAUAAGGGUGGAUUGUGCGACAUCGUUGGCACCGGAGGCGACUCCCACAACACCUUCAACAUCUCCACCACAGCCUCCAUCAUCGCCUCCUCCCUCCUCCUCGUCUCCAAGCACGGCAACCGCGCCAGCACCUCCAAAUCCGGCUCCGCCGACCUCAUCAACAACAUGCAACCCCGCGCCCCGGUCAUCGAGGCCGUCACCCCGACCACUCUCCACGCCGUCUACUCCGCCACCAACUACUCCUUCCUCUUCGCCCCCGUCUUCCACACGGGCAUGCGCUACGUCGCCCCCGUCCGGAAACAGCUCCCCUGGCGCACCAUCUUCAACAACAUCGGUCCCUUGGCGAACCCUGUCGAGGACGUCCUCGAGGCCCGCGUUAUCGGUGUUGCGAGGAAGGAGCUCGGCCCCGCUUUCGCUGAGGCUCUCAGGAUCGCAGGCGCUACCAAGGCCCUCAUCGUCUGCGGUGCCGAGGAGCUAGAUGAGGUUUCUUGCGCCGGGAAGACGUUUUGCUGGUUGGUUCGCGGGACGAAACCCGAGGAUAUCACCAUCGAGCACUUCACCGUCGAACCCGCCGACUUUGGCCUCCCCGCCCACGCCCUCGAUACUGUCUCAUCCGGGAAGGAACCCAGCGAGAACGCCGAGAUUUUGAGACAGAUUCUUCACAACGAGUUGCCCGAUGAUAACCCGCUCCUACACUUCGUCCUCAUGAAUACAGCCGCUCUAUUCGUCAUCUCGGGCAUCUGCGAGGCGGACUCGAGCUCUAUGGGCCCCGAUGAUGACGGCGUCGUCGUGACGGAGAGGGGGCCCGGUGGGCAGCGCUGGAAGGAGGGCGUGAGGAGAGCGAGGUGGGCGCUGAAGAGUGGCGAGGCGUGGAAGCAAUGGGAGAAGUUUGUCGAGGUUACGAACAGCCUUGCGGGGCCGAAAUGA